GCGCGUGUGUGUGUGCGCGUGUGUGUGUGUGUGUGUGUGUGUGUGUGUGUGUGUGCGCGCGCGCGUUUGCUUUGAUGUGCUGUUUACUGACUUUGAAGUCGUGCCGCUGUGAAAUGAACUAUUUCUCAUAGACACUGCAUGACAACGCGUCUCUUUGGUGUGUUGGGUUUAUUAUUGUGUUGUUUCGAAGUUACAUUGAUUAAUAUUUAUUUAUUUUACCGUGUUUAAAGAGUAGUCAUGAUGGUGAUUUAGGACUUCACCCCCCUGUGAUCUCACACUUUUCUUAGCGGUUUGAAGUUUGAUGCGGCAUGUUUUUAUCUUAUGGGUCUCGAUGUGAAGCGAUCGCGCUUUGGAUCGGUAUAGGACGGCUUUAAGUCGUUUAAAUCGUUAAAAACCUGGAAGAACAGUUGAUUUAUAAAUCAAAGUGCCAUUUAGACUACUGAGUUCAUGGUUUAAUGCAAUAUAAUUAGCCUACAUAUUUUGCAUUGAAUGUAUUAGGCUAAACAUCAAUUUGCACACCAGGCAAUAUUACAUAUAUGAAUGGACGUGGUGAAAGUGUUAUUAAAAGCAUAAAUUUACUGUACUGAAACUGUAAAUUCGCAUGUUUUUUUGUUCUAAUGCGAUUCGAUUUAAUCGUUAGAAACGUCCAAUCCUGAAAACGAUACACCGGAGUUGUUUUCGCUUUAAACGCUGUGAAAAACGUGAUGUUCUUAGAUUGGCGUAUUAAUGAACUUUUAAACUUGAGUACUGACCGUGAUAUAGGUGGAUGAGUGACUACUGAAAACAAAUUCAAAAAGUCGGUUUACUUUGAUGCAAGUUAUUUCGGGUCUCUGUUCUCAAUUCAUCGCGACGAGGUGAAUCGAAGUUAGCUUAAAGCAUAAGGACAUACAAAAAAAAAUCACAGAAACGUCCACAAAAAUCUUUGAUUUGUUUAUAUUUUUAAGUUUUAAAACAUCGCGUUUACAAUGAUGCCACGCGAAAAAUCCCGAUCUUUUCUUAUUAUAGCCAACAAAACGUUGCAUAUGCGCGCAGUGAAAAUGCAGGACUGAAGUGACUCUUUUGAAGUUUUGGGGCGGAUCUGGUUUUGAUGAGAUCAAUACUUUGUGUUUCAGAGAAGCUCCCCUGCUGACUUAAGAGAGAGAGAAUACAGCUGAGCUUCACACUGAAGUAUUUGCUGCAGGAGCCAUGAAUAGGACACUAGCAGAUCCUAUGGUCAGUAGCUUCAGAGAAGAUGACCCUCGUCCACCGGUCCCGGGGGAAGAGGGUGAGACGACAUACCACCAUCCCAGCAAACUGGCUAUGAUGAGACCUAAAGAUUCUGUGAAAUCUGUUACAGCUGGUUUUCGGGGUUCCACGACCAGGAGAGAUGAGGAUGGACUCGGGGAACCUGAGGGCAGUGCAUUCCCAGACUCGCCUCUUGUCCGGUGGACCAAAUCUUUGCAUUUCCUUCUCGGGGACCAGGAUGGUGCUCAGCUUUUCCGAUCAUAUCUGGAACGUGAGAAAUGUGUCGACACUUUAGAUUUCUGGUUUGCUUGCAAUGGUUUCAGACAAAUGGACCUCAAGGAUACCAAAACGCACAGAGUUGCCAAAGCCAUUUACAAGCGGUAUAUUGAGAACAACAGCGUUGUGGCCAAGCAGCUUAAGCCUGCCACUAAGACCUUUUUAAGGGAUAAUAUUAAACGUCAGCAGAUUGACUCUGCAAUGUUUGAUCAGGCUCAAACAGAGAUCCAGACGGCAAUGGAGGAGAAUGCUUAUCAGAUGUUUCUGACUUCAGACAUAUACCUAGAGUAUGUCCAAACAGGGUGUGAAAACCCCAGUCAAGUGAAUCCCAAUGGACUAGGAGGAUUAAAACUGGUGUGUGGAUACUUGCCGACUCUGAACGAAGAAGAGGAAUGGAGUUGUAAUGACUUUAAAGCCAAAGCUUUGGCCACCGUAGUGGGACUGUCUGCCAAAGUGUUACGGUCACCUCCUUCCCUCCGCGCCAUGGAAGUAUUAGAGAAAGGUUACAGAUCCUACAGACGUGGUGAUCCUACAAACCCCUACCAUGUUACAUCCGGUAAUAGUUUUGCCCCCGCCACCAGUGCCAAUGACAGCGAGGUCUCCAGUGAUGCCAUGACUGAUGACUCCAUGUCCAUGACAGACAGUAGUGUAGAUGGCAUCCCUCCCUACAAGCUGGGCAGUAAAAAACAUCUACAGCGUGAGAUGCAACGCAACAUAAGGAUGAAUGGCCAAGUCAGCCUACCUCCAUUCCCCAGGACGCGGCGGCCACCUAAGGAGAUGACUCCCGUGGAGCCAGCAGCGUUUGCGGCACAACUGAUUGCCAGACUGGAGCGGCUCAAACGAGAACAGGAGACGAUGAGCUCUCUAGAGGAGAGACUGCAACAGAUUCAGGAGGAGGAAGAGCGGGACGAGUCAGAAAUGUCUGGCAGCAUUGCGUCUCACUCUCUGUCUCUGCUCCCUCCUGGCUCCUGCGAUGAGGACCCUCAGGCCAUCCUUGAUGAGCACCUCUCCCGAGUCCUCAAGACCCCUGGCUGUCAGUCUCCAGGCAUGGUUCGGCAUUCCCCACGUUCCCGCUCUCCGGAACAUCGACCUCCUCCACGAGGAUGUCCCAGUGUCAGGUCCCAGUCAGGCUCCUUAAAUGGAUAUGUGCCCACCAAGACCUUUAUUUCCAGACAGUCCGCCAAGCACAUCCAUCACCACUAUAUCCACCACCAUGCCGGUCAAAAAAGCAAGGAGCAGAUUGAGGCGGAGGCAACCCAGCAGGCGCAGUGCCUGUGUCACGGAACCUCCAAAUGCUGCUCUGCUCCCUACAUCCGCAGCCGGAGUCUGGGCAGGGACCAGUAUGGCAACCCUUCAGAAGUGGCCUUGGGGCAUUCAAGCUCUUUAUCCAAGCGUCUGUGUAAAUCUGGAGAGGAGGUUAACAUGGAAGGAUUGGAGAUCGGCCUCUUACAACUGCCCACCGACAGUACUGACCGCUCUCAGAAUGUCUGGCAGUGGAUCCUGGAGAGUGGCAGACAGUCAAAGCAUAAGCCCCACAGCACUCAAAACACAAAGAAGACGCACUGUUUGGAUUCCGCCCGCACGCCCACCUGGGGAGGCGGCGGAAGUAGUGGGCAUCUCCGUGCCCACCAGCCUGCACACCCUUUCGUCCAAGACCCUGCCAUGCCCCCUCUACCCCCUCCAAACACCCUGGCACAGCUUGAAGAGGCCCGUAGACGCCUGGAGGAAGUCUCCAAACCCCCAAAACAGAGGCAUUUAACAUCAAGCCUUCAAAGAGACAAGAGUCACCCAGUUCCUGUGCAGAACGGCAGUCCAGUGCUUCCAACAGAUGAAUUGAAAGAUCUAAAGAAGACGUCAGGUUGCCACAGUAGUUUAGCCUCAGAGACGGUGGUCACAUACUUCUUCUGUGGUGAAGAGAUCCCAUACCGAUGGAUGAUGAAAACACACAGCCUCACACUCGGACACUUCAAGGAACAACUGCGGAAAAAAGGCAACUACAGGUACUACUUCAAGAAAGCGAGUGAUGAGUUUGAAUGUGGCGCUGUGUUUGAGGAGGUCUGGGAUGAUUACACCAUUCUGCCAAUAUAUGAGGGCAAAAUCCUGGGCAAAGUGGAGAGAAUGGACUAAACAAACCCAGAUGUGGACUUACUCAGCACUAAAGAGUGGAUAAUCUAUGUUUUUAUAUAAAAAGCUAAAGAAGUUUAAAUAUCCAUAAGACGUUUGGCUCACCAAGCUAUUGAAGGAAUACUAGCCAAUGAAGUACAGAGGAAUCUAAACCAGCAAUGCAUCAAGGAGUUGUUCAUCUGGUCUGGAACACUAAGGAGAAACACUAUGACCACUGAAGACUGUUUGUUUGUUUGUUUUAUUUGUUUUGACUACAACACACCAAUGGACUGCUGACCAAUUGUUGAUGUUUGUGAGUGUGUCGGGUGCGAGAGCGUUUGCCUGUGCAUACAGAUGUGCUCAUAUGUACACAAAGUUACAGUCAGCUUCUGUCACAAGUUAAAAAGACUUUAUUGCUAUUUAUUAAACUGUCAUUCCCUUUCUACCCAUGUUCACAUGAUGGACAAGCUGCUUAUGAUUGGGAGAUCUUUCCAAUGUUACACAUGCAUGGACAGACCUCCAAAGUCACACCCCUUAACUCAACGAACUGUGCCAGGAGUUUCUCCACUGGCCAAUGAGAACGAGCCAUGUACUGGACCAGCAUGCUUCUCUGAGCCUCUCUACUGAUCGGGUCGAUAGUUCAACCAUUAUCACCCAGCCCAGAUCACGUGUUGCAUCUUUAGUGCCUUUGGUUGACGAUCCAGGCAUUGCACAGGAACCAAAAGCCUUGCCCUGGAGCCAAUUCCCCCCAACUUUUCAAAGACAACCAAGAAAUAUGAAGUGAUGUUAUUUAAAACACUUCAAACUCUUCAGUUCAGCACGGUCUUCGAGAUCAGUGGGUGUGUGGAAAGGGUUAAUGUCCUGUAUAAAAGUUGAACGGAAAGAGUGCAGAGCUCCAGGGCAAACUCUCGGAAUGCACUGGCAUGAGCGGAUAAGAACAUGCCGUUGCUAGUGUAUUAUACAGUACCUGUGCCUACAUGGAUACCAUGCUGUGUGCUGCCCUGUUUCAGGGUGUGAAUAUUCCCUUGCUUUUCAGAAGGGUUUAUGUUUAAAAUAAUGUUUUAUUCUUUGAAUAUCUUGUAAUCAUGAUAUUAUGUUUCUAUGUUUUCCUCCCCAAGAAUCUGUGUUCCACUUAAAUGUAAAUUAUGCAUUAUAUAGAGCUUCAUUUUAAAGAUGACUUGGUACUUUAAUUAUUGUAAUUAUAAAGAGAUG